AUGAACAAUAUUACAAGAGAGAAACGAACCUAUGAUGACGUGUUCCAACUGCGGCCAAUGAAAAAUUGUUUGGAGAGAGGACCUCUCCAACAAUUUAUACAGAAACGUAGAAAACUAAAUGAGAAUGAAUAUAUGGAUAACUCUGACAAGAAUUUUCAUAAAAAAUUACGGUAUCAGAAGUUUGUAAAAUUACAUUCUACUUGCGCACAAUCAAACUUUAAGCGCCAAUUUUGUGAAACUUCACAAAGUAAAGUUCCGCAAACUUUACAAAGUAAAAUUUUGCAGUAUUCUCCAGAAUCUCAUUCUAACUUUAAUCAAAUUAUGACCAAUAAUGAUAAUGAAAUUUCAAGAAGCAAAAUUGACAAGGCAUCCGAAAUCAUGCAUGAUCGUUUAUGUAUGGUAAAUAAUCAAUAUCGAACUCCUACGACCAACAUUAAUAUUCCUAACAAUAUUAGAAAUAUUAGAGUGAUUCCUGUCAACCCGGCCAAUAUCGUUCGCGAUCUCUCUGAUCACCUUGAUGCUCCAGGAAAUGAUGAACAAGAAUUUUCUAAUCUUAAUAUAAUUCCGUCUUUAAUAAGUGAAAGGCACCGAAAAGCGGUCUUUGUUGAAAACUUAGUUGAUAUCGCCUGUCUCAUUAUCGAGGUAAUUUGGGCCAGUUUUGCUGUUAGCCCAAGUGCUAAAAUCAUCUCUCUACGUGUGUUUAUUCAAGAAACCUUGCGACGUUCGCGUACUUCCUAUUCAACCUUUCAAACUGCGUUGUUCUAUUUGUUUCGAAUUAAAAACAAAAUUGCAUCUAUAUCACAAUGUAAUAAAUUUCCUUUAAUCCCGACUUCUGAGUAUCAUUCAGGAUGUUCAGGUCAAAAUAAUGAUCCUGCGACCUGUGGUCGACGGAUGUUUUUAGCAUCUCUGAUCGUAGCAUCAAAAUAUCUUCAAGAUCGUAAUUACUCCAAUCGUGCCUGGUCUAAAAUAUCUGGACUUUCUGUUCAUGAAAUUAAUGCAAAUGAACUUUGCUUUCUUAAACUUAUUGAUUACAAUCUUUUCAUAUCAGAGGAUGUUUUUAAACGUUGGAGUAGCUUUUUGCUAACGCAUAUCCAAGCUAUUUCAGGCCCUGACAUAUCAAGCCCAGAUGCGUUCAGGAAAGCAGAAAAUCAAAGAGAUGUUUCUAUGUUAUGUGAAACCCUGAGAUCUAUGGAUUCAAUGACCAUAGAAUGUACAAAUUCCAAUUCAGAAAUCUAUCCAAUUACUCCUGCAGAGAGUACACUUGGAUCACCAUGCAACCAACAAUUAUGUACGUCGAGAAGCCCAAUUUCUACUUUACCUAAUUCAAUAAUCGAAAAAAUGGAGAAUGCUUCUAUAAAUUCUCAUGAAGCAGAAUGGAAAACGAAACGUUGUAUUCAUUGCAGGCAAUCCGUUUCGACCCCACAUUUCUGCAAAUCAUUUGAAUACUUUAGUCAAUCUUCAACCAAACAUUUUGGUAUUGACCACCUUUUAGAUAAACAGCGCGCAUCAUCGUCGUCUAUUUCUACUUUUGGUAAUACCCGAUUUUUGGCAAAUGAUUGUAAUGAGACAAAAUUUGAAAAUUGUCAAAACACUCAAAAAAGAUUUUUGGUACGGGCCCUCGCGUAG